CAUUGCUGUUUUUGUUAAACCCCUCAAAAUCUCCAAAGGAGAGCAGGUGAUGUUGACCACUGAUACUUUGCUUUCCGUGGAUGGCACUGACAAGCCUGAAGAGCUGAUGUAUGUCAUUACCUCUCCGCCUUCCGGUGGCCACAUAGAGUAUGUCAGCUACCCUGGGGUGCCCAUCACCACUUUCAGCCAGAUGGAUAUCGCUGCACAGACUGUCUGCUUUGUUCAUGACAACAGAGCACAUUCACUGAAGGAGGUGUUGAGAUUUGUCGUCAGCAACGGCCUGUCCACUCAGAAUGGGACGAUGGAGAUUGCUGUGGAGACUGCUGACCGUGUCCUGCCUACGGUCUCCCGCAAUACGGGCCUGCUGGUGCUGGAGGGCUCGAUGAUGGUGAUUCCACCCGAGGCCCUGCAGCUCUCUGACCCGGACACCCCGGCACACAGCCUCACUUUCCAGCUGGCACAGCUCCCACGAUACGGGCAGCUCUCCCGGCGCGGUGCCCCGCUGCUUCAGCACAGCUUCACCCAGCUCGAUGUGAACAGCAGGGACCUGGCCUACAAACACACUGGAGGGGACUCCCAGAUAGACCGCUUCAGCUUUGUGGCUUCUGACGGGACCAACCACGGUUUCCUCAUUGACAGGGAAAAGCAGACAGAGCCAGUUUUCUUCACUAUCCAGGUAGAGCAACUAGACAAGUCUUCUCCUAGAAUCGUUCACCUCCAGUGCGUAUCAAAGGUGGAAUUGUUGAAGGACGGCCGUUACGGGAGCUACAUCUCCUCCAGAGACUUGAAAGCAACAGAUGCCAAUACCAAGGAUGAGGAGAUCAUCUUCCAGAUACUACGGCCUCCUGAUUUUGGUUACCUGGAAAACGCGACAACAGGAGACUUUGUUCGACAGAGGUUUACUCAGAAGGAUUUAAACAGAAGACAUAUUCUUUAUGUCAUCAAUCCAUCUCUGGAGGCCCUGUCUGACAGCCUGGAGUUUUUGGUCUCAGACCCAACAGGAAAUACUGGAAUUCCACAAAUGCUUGAACUGAAGUGGUCUCGAAUCGAUUUCUCCCAGUCUGAGUAUGUGGUGUGUGAAGAUGUAGGGACACUUUCAUUGCCAAUCACUAGAGAGGGCUAUGCGAUGGAGUCUUCUUUCAUUGGAAUCAAGGUCAAUGAGAUCUCUGCUUCUGUCAGGAAGGAUUUUACUCUCAGCCCCUCCAGUUUGAUCCAGUUUGAUCCUGGGGUUUCGACCAGGACUUGGAACAUAGGGAUUACAAGUGACAGACUGGAAGAAGCUGAGGAGGUGUUUGAGGUGGUUCUCAACUCCCCUGUUAACACUGUGCUAGGAAGCAAGACGAAAUUAGUGGUGAGAAUCACUGACUCAAGGAAAGGUCAGUGUAGUAACAGUAAAAACACUGGCCAGGUCCCAGCUGUCCCUCGACUAAGAGGUCAGCCGUCCCCAGUCACUGCUGAGUAUCCUCCCCCCAGCCAUGGUGUAAUCCAAGUGGAGAAAAUCUCACUUACCCCUGUAGAGGGCACUGGGUGGACAAGAGGCGAUGUAUCACAGGAAUACAACCCACCUCCACCAAAGAAAAGACUCAGGGUCAUUGGAAAUGGGAAAACGGUCCAUCCUUCAUAUGUUGAACGAAAUGGGACAGAUGUAGUGUUUACAUACCAUGGGAUCAUGUCGCUCAGAGUGGAGGAUGAUAGCUCUCCAUCUAACUCUGGCAAAAGAGCCAAGGUACUGGUUACCAGUAGAGGGCAGCAGAGGUAUCCUGUUGGUUCUCCUAGAUCCACUGAGCUCCUGCAUUCUGACAGAGCCACUGUCCACUCCACAAAACAGGAUGACUACAGCAGAUCCUUUCCUAAGCCCUGCACACCUGACCUGAAACGCCUUCUUCAUUUUGACCAAAGUGCCCAAAAACUGUUUCAUUGUGAUGGGAUUUCUUGGAAACCAUGGAAGCCAACCAGUGAUGACAUCAAUGCUAAAAAAUGUCCUCCUGGAUGGAUCUACCAUGGAACCCAUUGCUACUACAUCAGCACUGACCACAAAUCAACAUGGAAUUCAGCUGCAAGAGCUUGCAAGGAAAUACAUCGUGGCAAUCUGGUUAGUGUCCUCUCAAAACCUGAUAUGACGUGGCUGUGGGAUUUCAGCGGAAGGAAGCCAUUUUGGAUUGGCCUGAAUGACAGAGUGAAGGCAGGGAAAUGGAGUGGCUUGGUGGAGAGCCAGUGUCCUUCACAAACUGGAGGAAAGGACCCCCACGGGCAUCAAGGAAGGCUGGAAAGAACUGUGUGUUAGUGCAGAGAAGAGGGAAGUGGCAAGUGAAAGAUUGCAGAAAAGGAAAAAGUCAUAACUAUGUCUGCUAUGUGAAAACAUGAGGAAACCUGACCAUCUGUGAGACACAAAAAGAAGGACAUUAAGUAUACAAUACAGGUUUCUAGUAUAAAACGUGAAGGUUUGUUAAUAAAACAGGCACC